AUGUCUUCACAAGAUCAUGGCUUCGCAUCGUCAAUUGAGAAGGAUGGUAGUCGUUCCGAUGUCGACAACAAGAAGUCUGCGACAGCGAGUGUCCAGCCGAUUGAUAUCAAGUCGAAUGUGAAAACUCACCAAGUCAAGCUCGAAGAUCUCGACGAAGCUGCUAAGCUUGUCGCGGGCUUCCAGGGAGAAGUCACAGAAGAGCAGAGCCGGCGCAUUAGGCGGAAGAUCGAUUUGUCAGUUGCACAUCCCAUCAGUACUUGCUUUCCUCAGCUGACUUGUUGUACAGACACAUGCUGCCAUUAAUGAUGAUUCUAUACUUCAUCCAAUUCACCGACAAGACUACGCUAGGAUCAUCCUCAAUCUUGGGUAUCAAGACGGACAACCAUCUCUCGCAGUCGCAGUACAAUUGGCUUGGAACCAUCUUCUAUCUGGCGUAUCUUGUCUUCGAAUGGCCUCAAUCGCUAGGACUGCAGAAGUUCCCUCCUGGGAAGUGGAUGGCUUGCAAUAUCUUCGUCUGGGGUGUGGUUCUCUGCUCUCAUGCUGCAUGUCACAACUUCGCUGGUCUUUUCGUUUGCCGUCUGUUACUCGGCAUCUGCGAGGGUUCCAUUACUGCCGGGUUUCUCAUUGUCACAAGCAUGUUCUACACCCACGCAGAGGGUACUCGCCGAGUUGGAUACUGGUUCUUGAUGAAUGGUACCGCGCAGAUCUUCAGUGGCUUUGUGUCCUUUGGUGUCUGGCAUGUCAAUCCCGACGUUAUCGCUCCGUGGAGACUCUUUAUGAUCAUCACGGGUGCGUUGACGUUGGUCGUUGGAGUUUGUUUCUGGUUUUUCAUUCCGGACAAUCCUAUGAAGGCUCGCUUCUUAUCAAAGGAGGAGAAGAUUGUUGCUAUUGAGAGACUCCGGAACCAGAGCACCGGCAUUGAGAACAAGACUUGGAAGAAGGAGCAGUUCUGGGAAGCGAUCACUGACUGGAAACCUUGGGCUGUUGGUGAGCUGCUUGGGCAAAUCACGAUCGAAGCUAACGAGCUCACAGUUCGCGCUGUAUGCUGCUUUGGGCAGCAUAUCGAAUUCUCUCACCAACAUGACCCAGCUUAUUAUUGGUGAGUAGGCAUGCAAGUCUUGUUGCCUGUCUUAUGCUAAUUCCUCAUUUAGAGUCUUUCGGCUUCACGACCCAGCAGACAACCCUCUUGGCUGUUGUCCCCGGCGUGAUUGAAGUCCUGACCAUCUACACCUCCGUUCUCGUCAUUAAGAAGUAUCCGAAUGCCCGUGCUUACGUCGGCGCAUCAUACUCAUUACCCAACAUUCUAUCUGGCGUCCUCCUCAUAGCACUUCCAUGGACCUGUCAUGGCGGAUUACUGUUCGCCAUGUACCUCGGAGGCUGGGGUGUUCCAGGAUUUGUGCUCGCCCUCUCCUGGUGCGCCGCCACCAACACUGGCCAUACCAAGAAGACUACGACCAACGCUAUGCUCCUCAUCGGAUACUGUCUUGGCAAUCUCUUGUCCCCGCAAAUGUGGCUGGCAAAGUAUGCACCCAGAUACUACAUCCCCUGGGGCAUUAUUCUAGCUACGUAUGUCGUCAAUCCGAUCAUCUUGGUUGGGAUUCGGUACUAUUUGAACAAGGAGAAUCAGAGAAGGGAUGCUCUAGGUCACGAGAAGGUGGAGAAGUUUUAUGAUGAGAAUGGGGAUGAGAUUGAUCCUACGUUCUUGGAUGUUACGGAUCGGAAGAAUCUGGCUUUUCGGUAUCCUUUGUAAGGAUCCCUGGAAGUAAAGCUCGGACCACUCGUUGGAUCACAUGCAAGAAGUUCAGCGUGGUCUGUGCGCUGAACCUCACCCGCGCUCAAGCGUGCGCGGUGAAAUUCUAUUGAUAGUUGACCACGGUCUUUCCACACACAACAAUAUCAGCAACCUUCAUUUCGCAACAGCACCAAUUCUGAUACAUUGUGCCUUCGCCAACUUCUACCUGCACACAAGGCAUCUGCGCACACCAACAACCAUGGCAAGCGCGCGUCCCGCCAAGCGACCACGGUGAGCUCCAUCGCGAGGACGUCGACAACGGCCAUGCACUGACCAUCUCACAGCUACAGCAGCAAGAUCGUGAGCGUGCGCGUCGGUGAGGGUGAACUUGCGGAGACCUUCAACAUCCACGAACCGACCUUGAGAGAGAGUUCCAAGUUCUUCGCCGCCGCCCUCGAUAAGCGCUGGAAGGAAGGCCGCUCGCUUAAGGUUGUGCUUCCCGACGAUAAGCCUGAGAUCUUUGCAGGUGAGAAGCUCGCUUUGCAGCGCCGCUUUUGUGCGUUCGAGGCUGUCUUUCUAACAAUUUUUAGAGUACACGGAAUGGCUCUACGAGAAGAAAGUCUCAGCUGAAGUUGCCCUCCAUGAAUCCGCAGAUGACGAGUGCGAUUGUGGCUCACGCUUCGAGAGAUUUGCCAAGAUGUACGUGAUGGGGGAGAAGCUUCAAGACGACGACUUCUGCAACACGGUCAUCGAAGCCAUCGUGAAGCUUACCAGUGGUCUACCUGCGAGCAAGCUCAUAUGUAUGCCUGGCCCGAAAGCAGUAGUCAUCAUAUACGGAGGCACGCCCAGCAACUCCCCGGCGCGGCGCUGCAUGGUGAGCCUGUAUAAGAAAUUCGGGCUUUCGUCGAAUUGGGAUGAGGACAACAACUACCCUUCCGAGUUUCAGGUGGACUUAUUACGGGCGCUGCUCGAUGCGCGCAAGAUCAAUUUCGGCAAGUAUGGUCGAAACAACGUGGAGAAGGCAUGGCUCAAGUAG